CCACGCGCACACGUGCCGCGUGCUGUUGGAUAAUGAGCGUAUUCGCCUGUUGUGCAAGUCACCAGUCACUCCCCUCACUCAACGAUUUGCAUAGUUGCUGUGAUAUAACAGAAACUCAGCCACCACGUUAACAAGUGCUGCCACUGUGGCUGUCAGCUGCCGAGGUCCGUCACGCCCAUAAACGCGCACCAUGCCAGCCGAAAAAGUUCCUGACACUCCAGUGGAGGUCCUCGUUGAUCUCCUAACAAAAGCCAGUGAGAUUGCUGCAUCCAGUGGUAGUGUCCCAGAAGAGCUGAAAAGCCACUUGCAGAAGGCUCUGGACAUAGCCAGUGGCCUGGAUGACUACCUGGAGAAAAUGACCACACAGGAGAGUGAGCCACUGGCAGAGCUGUAUAAAAAAACAGUUUCUCAUGACUGGGAUCAAGUGUACAAGGAGGGCAAAACCAUGUUCCGGCUUCCCAAGGAGUGCAUCACUGGACAUGUUGAAGGCCAGACCCUGAAGAUGCUGAUUCAUAUGACUCAAGCCAAGAAUGUCCUUGAGAUUGGGAUGUUCACCGGCUACGGAGCUCUGUCCAUGGCUGAAGGGCUUCCUGAGGAUGGCCGCAUAGUUGCUUGCGAGAUAGAGCCAUACCUCAAAGAGUUUGCUCAGCCCAUUUUUGACAUGUCUCCACAUGGCAAGAAGAUUACUGUCAAAACUGGAUCUGCUAUGGACACCCUAAAGGAUCUGGCUGCUGCUGGUGAACAGUUUGACAUGGUCUUCAUUGAUGCUGACAAGAGUAAUUACAUCAACUACUACAACUUUAUUCUAGACAACAAUCUGCUGAGAUUACGAGGGGUCAUAUGUGUAGAUAACUCACUGUUCAAAGCGAAGGUUUAUCUCAAAGACACCACAGAUAACAAUGGACUGGCCCUUCGAGAAUUCAACCAGUAUGUCUCUAAUGAUCCACGUGUGGAGCAGGUCAUCAUCCCUCUCAGAGACGGCAUCAGUGUUAUCUGCCGGGUAUCUGCGGCCUCUGAGUGCUUAAGGACACAGAGUAAAAUAUUAGAUGACGAGGUUUUCCGUGGGGUUAAGGGGCGCCCCAUUCUCGAUCGGAUGCGCCUUGAUGGAAAAGUGGCCUACGUGACAGGUGCUGGUCAGGGUAUAGGCCGAGCAUUUGCUCAUGCCCUGGGGGAGGCUGGUGCGAAGGUGGCUGUAGUAGACCUGGACACAGCUAAAGCGGAGACGGUGGCAAAGGAGCUCUCUCUUAAAGGUAUUAAUUCCAUUCCAAUCACAGCUGACAUCAGCAAGUCAGAUGAUGUCCAGAGGAUGAUUGACAACAUUGUCUCCAAAUGGGGAGCGAUCCACAUCGCUUGUAACAACGCCGGCAUCAACAUGAACUCACCCAGUGAAGACACCAGUCUACAGGAGUGGGACCAAACCUUUAAUGUCAACCUGAGGGGGACUUUCAUGUGCUGUCAGGCAGCAGGUCGAGUGAUGUUGAAGCAAGGAUACGGCAAGAUUAUCAACACAGCUUCCAUGGCCAGUCUAAUAGUCCCCCAUCCCCAGAAGCAGCUUUCCUACAACACAUCCAAGGCUGGAGUAGUCAAACUGACUCAGACUCUGGGCACUGAAUGGAUUGACAGAGGAGUGCGCGUCAACUGCAUCUCACCGGGGAUUGUUGACACCCCUCUCAUCCACUCGGAGAGUCUGAGGCCUCUGGUGCAGCGCUGGCUGUCAGAUAUCCCUGCUGGUAGACUGGCUCAAGUGACAGACCUGCAAGCUGCAGUGGUCUACUUGGCAUCUGAUGCCUCCGACUACAUGACAGGGCAUAACUUAGUCAUAGAGGGUGGACAAAGUCUGUGGUAGAGGGGGUAGAUGAAGAGAUUUUUUCCCCCUCUUCACUCUCCCAGGAUUAGUCUCAGAAAUAGGUGGCAUUCACAUGAUCUCCCUGUGAAACAUUCACAGCAGUAUUAGUUGAUAUGUUACCGGAUGUUUAACUUUUGGUCAGAUAUCAUCUAUUUUGUGGUGUGAUGAGAUGACUGGUAGCAUCCUGUAUACGUUCAGUAUGCGUGUUAUGACUCUGGCACACUGAACUUCUUAUUAGGGAAAAAACAAACUUUCAUGUUAAGUAAUAAAAGCAGUAAAACAGCCACCAGCUCUCUGGUCACACAGUGGAAAUUUGCUGAUUUGUUUGAGAAAAGUCCAAGUGUGGAAAAACUGUAAGUCCUGUCAAAUAUGUCCAUGUUGUUUUGGCACAUUUUUAUAAACUGAAUUCUGUUUAAACACAGUUUUGUUGAAUGUGACUGCUUGUGUCUGUUUCAAAUGCCACUGAAAGAAUUGUAUCAAAAAUGCUGAUCAGACUGGAGAAGUUUGGGAUUUCUAGUUUGUUUUUAUAGCACGAUUUCAUUCAAAUGCAGUGCAGAGUGCUUUAGAGGAUAAUAAAA